AUGGCCUCGAUGGGGGGCGGUGGUUUCCUUGAUCCAGAGCCAUAUGUACGGAAGGUGAAAAAUGGUGGCAUGCUCAACUCGACAUUGAAGAGUAUAUGUUCCGCUGAGGAUAUGAGAACACAAGGUGUGAAGGCAGAGUUGCAGUCAAGAAUUGUCGAUAGAAUCAGAUUCUACGCGAAUGCGCAGGAUGAGCCCAAAUUCAAUCGCUUAAGACGAAUCAUAGAUAAUCCCGAGACAGUCACAGCUGGAGUUAACCCACCACGUUCAUAUCAAAACUCAGCUUCACCAGCAGCAAAUUCAAUACCCAAUAACGGCGCAACGAAUUAUCCCACACCUAGAGCAAGCAUGCCGUCAUACAACAGGCCGAUGGGUUAUGGAAUGAAGCUCGAGUUCAAACCAAGUCCAUUCUACGAUAUCAUGGAGCAGAUUGGAGAGAUAAAAACUUGUGAUGCCAUGAACCAACAUCGUCACACCGUGAACAUACCCGUCAAGGUCCAAAGCCAUCCUAUAUUGUCUAGAGUCAUGAACGACCCAACGUUAAAAGUAAUGGUAUUCUGUGCGGGCGAAGGUAAUGGAAGACAGGAUAUUGCUUUUCCUCAUCAAUCUGAGAUCAAAGUGAACACAGGAGAGAUUAAGGCAAACCUUCGAGGAUUGAAAAACAAACCUGGAUCAACUCGACCCGUGGAUAUUACUAAGGAACUAAGGUUAAAAGUUCCUGGAUAUCAAAACACUGUCGAGAUGACCUAUGCGUUGACUACAAAGGCAGGUCUCAACGGAGCUUUCGUCGCGUCUGAGAAAUUCUAUCUGGCUAUAUAUGUGGUCAGGCUGGUUCCCGUCAAAGAAUUGGUUAAGAUAUUGGAGGUUGGCAAAAAGAUUACCAAGGAAUCAGUCGUCAAUGACAAACAAGGGCCGACUUGGUCAUGUCCAAUAUGCAACAGUUCUGCGCCUUUCGAGACAUUAGUUGUUGAUGAGUAUGUAAAGAACAUAUUACAAAGUACAUCAAAAUCUGUGGAUCAAGUCACAGUAGAACCAGAGGGACAGUGGAAACUCUACAACAGGCCAGACACCAUAUCAUCACGGCCAGGUGUAGCCUCAAGCGAUUUCUCCGAUGAUGACGAUGACGACUUGAUCGAACUCUCCCCUGGGGGAAGAAAAGCGAGUACACCAAUUACCAGAACUGGUACUGGCACCUCAAAUAGUAUUGGGAUUCAAGCACAGAGUGCUCGCGACUCCUUAUCAGCAGCACCAUCUAGUCGACCUAAUCCAUUGACAUCAUCAACAGGUGCUAAGAGACAGAUUUCGGAAGUUAUUGAUUUAUGUAGUAGUGAUGACGAAGAAGAAUCACCUGCAAGACCUCCACCAAAAAAACAAUUUACUUCUGGAUCUUCUGGUCUCAAUGGGGCAGCUCCUGCUUUUAGGCCGAGCUUCCAAAAUCGUUAA